AUGCGACAAUCCCUGCUCCAGACGGCUCGGCCUGGCAGCGAACGUAACUCUACACUCCCACCGCCGCUCUCACACCAGCACCAGCGUCAGAAGCAGCAGAAACAGCAUCAGAAACAGCACCAGCAGCCGCAGCAGCAGCGAAGAAGGAUAAAGCAUAACGACAACACCAGACACAGCCACAUUGACAAAAAUGCUGAAUCAGUGAAUCCGCCAAAUAUCCGCCGUUCCACAUCCAUGCACCUUUUUCACAGCGACCGGUGCUCUCAAAGUCUACCACGCCGCGCCACUACACCCUCUAUGGCGUCGGCGAGCUUUCUUUCCUCGCGCCCAAUGACGCCACGGCCUGCACGAAGCUACGCCUCCACCACUCUGUCGGUACGGCGUAGUGGAGUGCGGCAGCUGCUGGAGGUGGACGACUCGGACCCGCUGCACACCCGAGGUUUGCUCACGGGUGCGCACGACCGCCACCAACAUCGGAGCCUGGGCUCCGGUGGCCAUUCACUCUUCUCUUACCGCAACGGCCGGACGCAAGACACCGGCUUGGCCAGCACCCCCCCCUCUAGCCGCUACAGCAGCACGGAGUUCAUCUCGAUGAAUGGGAAUGCCACGCCCUCACCACGGCAGCAAUGCGUCUCCGUAUCCAACUACAUAUCACCGAGCUACGUGAAAGAGAACCGCAGCACUCUCACGGGUGUGUACGACUGGCCGGUUGGAAGGAAUAGCCCCUCCAAACAACGGCAGCCCUCUGUGAAGAUGCCCCCCUCGCCGGCGAAAAAAAGCUUGAGUCAUCGUGAGCGGGCGCCGAGCCCCCUCACGUACAUCAACUCACACCUCGCGUCGUGUACUUUCAACGCCACGUUGAAAUGCGUCGAUGUGCGGUGUCCUGCAUCCAGGUCCGUGAGCAAUGGCAAGCGUGAUGACCUUGGCGAACAAAAUACGAUACUUAGUGGAGAUUUGCUGAUGUGGUGUGAGGGCCAGGCUAUGACCGAUGCUGGAGGGAUGGAGCAGGUGAUGCGCGCGGCUCUGGGUCAGGGGGCCGGGUUCUUAACGCUGCGUGUGAUGCGCGGAACGAAGAGCGUUCUGGUGCGCGAGGCACUUGUUAGGUAA